UAGUCUGUGGAGCAGAGUGAGCCUCCCUCUUCUAGGACAGGUGUCUCCAUGGUGGCUUACGGGAUGCCGGCUGACUGUUACUCUCUGCUCUUCUCCCUGCAGCACAAUAAGACAGCUGUGCAGGUUAAAGAAGACAUGAAGAAGAUGGUCCAUAUACCCAUACUACGACCAAGGACAGUGGCAGCCAAGCAUAUCAAGCUGUUUGGAGCCACCCUGUCUGAGCUGAAAGACAAGGGCCUGAUGGAGGACAAUGUGCCCCUAGUGCUGCGGAAGAUGGUGGAGUAUCUUCGCAAGCAUGCCUUGCAUCAGGAGGGCCUGUUCAGAGUGAAUGGGAAUGUGCGUGCUGUGGAAACCCUCAAACAGCAGCUGGAGAGCAGAGAGGAAGUGGACCUUUUCGCUGAAUCUGACUCAUGUACGGUGGCCAGCUUGCUCAAACGCUACCUUAGGGACCUACCAGAAGGUCUGGUAGACUCCACAGUCCAACAGGCACUGGUUCAUCACUACCGAGAGGUUGGUGAUGAUGUUUCCAGUUCAGAUAUGAGAGACAUUCUCCAACAGCUUCCAGAAGUUCACCUCAGCCUCCUCCGCUACCUCUGCCACUUCCUCACCCAUGUUGAGUGCAACCACAAGGAAAACCGUAUGACUGCCCUCAACCUUGCCACUGUGUUUGGUCCCAGUGUCUUUCAUGUGGCUCCUGGUUUUGAGGCAUUGCAGGACCAGAUCAUCUGUAACAAGAUCAUGGUGAAGCUCAUCCAGAACUACAGAAAUAUAUUUGAGACAGACAGAGACGGAGAAGGCUGCCCAGAAGAACAGUCGAAACUUAUUACUGUCAAGGAGACCAACGUGACAGAAGCAGACACAGAGACCUUACCCAGCCUCCCUGAUGGAAAGACACCGGCACCGGUUCCCAGCAUAAAGGAUGAACCAAAUACCCCACCAGAAAAUGCAGAACUUCUGAGAAAAUCCACUACAACUGCAAACCUGAGGCCGAGGAAAAAGAAGGUGAGGAAAGGGGAGAGUGACAGCAUGGCUCAUGGCGCCCCUCAGCCCUGCCGCUCUGCUGGGUUACCUCAUGCAAGGACCCAGCCCAUACCAAUAGUCUUGCCCCUGACCUCAGACCGGAGGACCCCCAGUCCAGAACUGAUAGAGACAGUACCCCUUCAGCUAGCUUGCAAAGACAACAUAGACACUCCGUGGUGGCACCUGGGCCACCUCAGCAUCAACCCCUCAAGCAGCACGGAGACACUAGGCCGCUCCCAAGAAGAAGAUAGACCAAUAUCUCCUUUCUACAUCAGUAACCACCUCUCUCCUCACCACCGCAGACCAGAUGUGGUAAAUUUUCUGGAGAGGACAAUUCAAUCAGCAGUGGAGGAGCACCUCUUCGGUGUAAAUAGUUUAACGGAUCAGCAUUUAGGCAACUGUGAGUUGACCUCGAGCCCACUGUCUCCAAGGUUGACACCAACUGCCCGACAGAGACGUCGACACCAAAGGGAGCAACAAGAGGAGGGGCUGGGACACAAAGACAGAAACAGAGUUGCAUCAGUCAGAGGCACGAACAAGGAGAACAUCCCGUCAAGCAGUAGAAGCAGUUCGUUCAGCGUGGGUGAGGAUACAGACACCAGUGUGGACUCACAGGGAGGCCAGAGAGGUCACGCUGAGCGAACCCCUAAACCAAGGAAAAAACAAAGCCCAACAUUGGUGCAGCUCACUGACAACCAGGACGCCCACACAUUCAAGGAAUGUGUUGAGAGACUGGGAACAAACCACAUGGAGACAUUUCAGAAAGGGAAUGACAUUUCAAGAAAAGAUGGCCUCCCCUCUCCUCCUCAGACGCUUAGGAUGAAGAUUCAGGAGUCGCCCAUCACUUGUGACAUGGGGAGGGUAAGCGGAGAGGUGCGAGGUUCGGAUCUGGACUGCGAGAAGACAAGCUGUGAGGAUGUGCCCCGACUGGACCUGACAGCACUGACUGAGGAAAACAACUGGGGAGAUACUCCUUUCUUUAGCGCACCCUUUCUUGAUUUCAAAAGCAUUUUUCUACUAAGUUUCUGUGAUGAACCGGUGCCAGCGUACUCACUGCAGAGGGAGAACAUGGACCGAGAGGAGGCCAGACUGUCCCCUCACGCAGGAGGACGUCUCAUCCGCCAGCUGCUGGAGGAGGAUAGUGACCCAAUGCUGUCCCCUCGCUUCUACGCCUACGGACAGUGCCAGCAGUACCUGGAUGACACUGAAGUGCCUCCAUCGCCACCGAACUCACACUCGUUUGCCAGUCGCAGAAGGAGUUCGUCUCUUGGCUCCUGUGACGAUGAGAAAGAGGAGUUGACGUCAGCCCAGCUCACAAAGAGGAUCCAUAUACUGAAGAAGAAGAUCCACAGGUUUGAGGAGAGGUUUGAAGAGGACCGCAAAUACAGGCCCUCCCACAGUGAUAAAGCUGGAAACCCAGAGGUGCUGAGGUGGGUGAACGAACUGGCCAAGCUUCGUAAAGAGCUAAAAGAACAAAAGCUGAUUAAGUCUGAGGAGGACCUGCCGCCUCUCACCCGCCAGCGCAGCAACACUCUGCCCAAAAGCUUCGGCUCUCAGCUGGAGAAGAAACCACAGCAGGAGAAAGUGCCGAAGCCUCCGGUGGAGAGCAGCUUGGAGACCAUUCAGAAGAAGCUGCAGGAGAAGAGGGAGGAGGUGAACCGACCCGAGGACAUCAAGGAUAUGACACGGGAGCAGAUCGGUGCGGAGAAAGUCGCCCUGCAGAAAGCUCUCCUGUACUACGAGAGCAUACACGGUCGCCCGGUCACCAAGAGCGAAAGGCAAAUCAUGAAGCCCCUGUACGACAGAUAUCGCCUGGUGAAGCAAAUUCUGAUCAGAGCCUCCACCAUCCCUGUCAUUGGUUCUCCCUCCAGCAAGCGCAGAGGUCCCCUCCUUCAGCCCAUUAUCGAGGGCGAAACUGCACUGUUCUUCGAUGAUAUCAAGGAGGAGGAGGAUGGCUCGGAGGAUGACGGGGAAACAAAGACCCAGUUCACUGUGACCGUGCGGCCUGACAUCAGCGUGCUCAGCUUCCUUGACCACGUGGACGAGGAAGUGGAUGGUUUCAUUUCACCCGUGGACGACCUCUCGCCCUCUAAGAACACAACAGACAUGAGGCUGUCCAACUUGCAUGCCGCCACAACGGAGGAACUUGUGGAGCAGCUCCAGGAGACCAGAGAGGAGAAGAAGAGGAUCCGAAAGAACCUGAAAGAGUUCGAGGACCAGUUCUUCAGACAGAAUGGAAGAAACGUGCAGAAGGAGGAUCGCUCCCCGCUGGCAGUGGAGUACAGCGAAUACAAGCACGUUAAAGCCAAACUGCGGCUGCUGGAAGUUCUCAUAAGCAAAAGAGACUCUACUAAGCUCAUCUGAGAACAAAUUCAAAGAAGGUUUUCAAAGGACUGAUGCUGAGUCUGCAGACGCGCACACACACACACACACACACACACACACACACACACCCUGAUGGAGAAAACUUCUGUUCUGCUUCAUCUAUGCCAGCUGAACCUCACCUUCAUAAGAUGACCUUUAUUCUCUCCAGACUCGCGCAAAGACUCGCACAAUUAACCUGCAUCACGAUUUUCCUGCUUCUAAUUUAUUUCCAUCCUUUUUGAAUGUUACUACCAGAAGAGAACAGUUAUUUUCUCACACUUUACCUGUAGAAGUCUUAAAACAAAUAGCUUGUAAAUAAAAACAAUAGCUAUGAAAUUAUGGAUAUUCCUCAAGAAGGAUAAUAAAGUGAUCAAGAUUGAUGUAUAUUUUGUUAAGGGAAAUGUUACUAUGUAUGACUUCAAUCAGCUUAACAGUAUUGACUAAAAGAAUAGAUUUCUUUAUUUCACUUCUGACCAUCAUCACAUGUGUCUGAAAUAUUCUAAUAUUGCUUCUGUAGAAGUUCACUGAGUAUUUUCUCACUUAAAGAAGUGUUUUUCUUUUUUAGAUACAACCCAAAGACUCAGAGUACAAACAGCAAACCAAAAUAUUCUCAAAUCAUUUUCAUUCAGCUUCUUUUCCACAUCACUGGUACUUUCUGAGGCAUUAACUGUAUAUUUGAUGCGUUGAUGUGCUUCUUUUCCCCCCCCAAAUCAACUUCCUGUCAAAUAAGCUAUGUCUCAUCAGAAUCACUGCUAUGUUUGUGCUCACUGAUUUGAAAACACUGACUACUCUGUUUGAGAGAUGACAGAAACCUUCUGAGACUCUUCCUCGUCCUCUCCAGAAGCUUCUUUUUGUUUCCUUUUCUUCCUUUUGCAUAUACGGAUCAAUAUGUAUGUUUACAUUUCUGUGAGCGACUACAUGUUUCCUUUUCUUUCUCCAAAAUGGAUGAUUAUCAGUGUGUAUUUUGUUUUUACUGAAUGUAAACACUGGCAAGGCUUAAUGAAUUUUGAGUGUGUACAUUUUAGUACAUAAAGUGUAUUUGUAUUUUGUAUAUAUUCUGAAUGAAAUCAUAUUUUUACUGA